AUGAACAAUCAACAAACAGGCAUGGCGGCGCCUGCGCAUGCCAGGUACCGCUAUCCGAAGAAACCGUACCACCUUCCCUACCAGGUUAAGUACCUCAAACUGGCAAUUCGAAUCUUCAACUCGGACAUUCACGACUUUGUCUUGUCCCGACAAGAGAAGACCAUGGUCAUUGAUGACCUCUCCAAAGAAUUGACGAUUAGCGAGAAGAGAGGACCAUCCGGAGAUUGCCACAAUAACCGCACAGUCUCGUUGGCACGACGAAUGGAGAAAGGAGACAAGGCCGUUGUGAAAUGGCAGGUGUGCUCUGCCAUUCUGAGGUUCCAGAUGAACCUUCCCGAAACCUGGCUGGACCAUCCGACUUUCAGGCAGUGCUAUGCGGGACCGAGCUACCUUAUCAAUUGCAUCACUGGCGUGAACACCUACUCACAGGAGGGGUUGCAGAGAGCGAUGUAUGGUGCUCAGUCUGCCGGGCCUCAAAAUAACGACAACUCUAGAAGUGGGAAUGAUGAUGCGCGAACAGGUCCUCAGCCGAGUCUUGGAAAAGCAGCUGGGCCGAGGCAGGCCGUUCAAGACGACUCUCGAAAGAGAAAGGCGCCGGAGACCUCUUCUUGGUUUGCUGAAUCUAGCGGUUGUACGGCGUCAGGAAGACAAAUAUUCGUCACACAUGGUCCAGGGCAGAAGAAAAGACGCACAGAGAAAAAUGAAUCAGCCGCCACACUUCAAGGUCACAGUGAGGUCAUCGAGAUCAAGUCGGAAGACGAAGAAGUAAAGCCCGCGAUCAAGCGACCACGCCAACAUGCCGGGUCUAACGUGGAUGAGAGUCGUAAUGCUGUUGGCAGUAUUGUCAGCAGUCAGACCAAUGCUGCCGAGGCUCAGCACGAAGUCGAGCGCCAAAUCACGACAGAGACGAACGCUGCCAAUAUGCAAAAGACAAUCACGGAGCUGCGCAAGAUAAUACAGUUCCUGCCAAAUAUCGCGGCCAGUGAAAGCAAGACUUUUCGCAAGGGCAUAUUAAGUCCUUUCAUUACGAAGCUCCAGUCCCACGGCUGGGACGAUCUUGUCAAGUGGGCUGGUCAGUUGGUUGUUGCUAAGGGAAGGGAUUUUCGCCAGUUUGUGGCGGAAAAGCUCCGGGAGACGCUUACGGAGCGCGUCAACAACCUGAGUGCAUAA